CCGACAUUGACAUGAAGCUGCCAACCUGGAAGGUACCUUAGGCUGCCGUCUGGAUGCUCUUGCCGCUCUACACCGCGGUCUUGCAGGACUAUGCCUUCCCACUCCUAUCAAACAAGUUCACCAACCGCCAGCACCAGGCCCCAAUGUCUGGCCCAGAUGGGAGGGCAGAUGCGAGGAGUUUCGCCUCCAUCCCUUGCCGUCUUCAAUUUGCUACUGGGGGUUUGUGUGCCACAUGCAGCUCGGGCCGUGCUCAUUGAAACUCAGGUAUUCUGUCCUGAUAAACAUGACACUUACGGCAUUCUUUAACUUGCAGUGGGGAGUUGCAAAGGCAUUCUUACCGCUCCUGUCUUGAACAGUUGAACUUAGGUUGUUCCAGUGUAGUUUGCUUCCAUCCCACCAUGAAGACCCCUUGCAUCCGAUAUCCCUCUGAGCGCAUCGAUAUGGCCGGAAGUCUACAGCCGACCAUAUGGGGCUUGGGCAUAUCCUUCUCCAUCAUCGCUAUUGUGGCCGUCAUACUUCGGUUUGUCGCUCGCGGAUUAAUGGCCAAAAGUUGGGAUCCGAUGACUGGACCAUUGUCAUUUCCCUGAUACUCGGGCUUGGUGUCACGAUAGACAUUCUCAUUAUGACCCAACUCGGCGGUCUCGGAACCCAUACAGAGUAUGAUAGUGACGGAAAUCCUGUCAAUCCGGGCCCUGAAGCCACCGUAAUCUUUGGGAAAACAAUAUACGCGCUUCAGGUCCUAACCUGGCCGGCGGUGGGCAUGACCAAGAUCAGCGUCCUUUUGAUGUAUAAACGUAUAUUCAGCACGCCCAAGAUCAAGACGAUGACCUGGAUCCUGAUUGGACUUAACGUUGCUUGGACACUAACGUUUAUAUUUGCACUUAUGUUCUCCUGCAUGCCGAUUGCCUCCUCGUGGGAUUACACGCUGGACUUCACCUGCGUCGACCUAAAGGCACUCUUCACUACCGCCUUGGCGACAGACGUCGCCACGGACUUCUUGGUCCUACUGUUGCCACUAUACAAAGUCUGGCAGCUGCAGAUGCCCCUCGCGCGGAAGAUUAUGAUCAUGGGCAUCUUCCUCCUCGGUAUCUUGGUCAGCGUCGUUGGCCUCGUUCGAAUCCACUUCUUGACCCAAAUUUACGCCGUCCUCGAGCAAACCCGUGAAAUGGACACCACUUGGCUCUACACCCCAGUCUACUACUGGACCAUUAUCGAGACCAAUGUCGGUGUGCUGAGCGCUUGUCUUCCCACCCUCCGUCCUGUGCAGGAGCUCCUCACCCGUCACGUGAAGCUUUCCUACCUCAACCUUCAGGGCUCGCUUACGCGUCUUCUCCCAUCGACAGUCGGAAGACAGAGCGACAUUGGUCUCGGCUCGAUGGAGGCGGGAUUCAAGUCGGCUGGGAGUGAAGCGUCUCUCAAUAGAACCAGGUUAGAACCAGGUAACCAAAGGCCAAUCGUCGCCUACACUUGGAAGAGGAGGACCUCGGCAGGCAUUCCUUCUUGUUCUUUUAGGGCCACUGCCUCUCGUUAUUGAGGAUAGCUAUAGUCGUUAUAGAGCUCGGUACCUGAGUACAGAAAUCUCUUAGUGCUAGUUGUAUCGAGAUCGGGACAAAUCCUUCAAUAUCAGUUGUUCAUUCCACG